AGCCGUCCUGUCUGCUCGCCCACACUCGGCGACAACGAGCUGAAUCAGCCAGCGCGGAUUUAAAGUUCGAAAGACAAUGUCAAACUCGGGAAGCUCGUCAUAGACCAAUCCUUGCUAGAGCCGCCUGGCGACAGAGAGAGCAACGAUGAAGGAAGCACGUCGAUUCGUUCAGGCGGGGUUGCAUGCGCUGCUUGUGCUCGACGGCUUGGCACUUGCGCUUGCCCUGCCAAGCAGCACCGCGGAUGUAAGUCCAGCUCAGUCUGACGGCUUCGUCCGGAGACACGAAGGCCAUCAUGCGUCCAAAGAGCAGAGUAUGCAAGCGGACACAGUCUCGUUGGCAGAGCAGCCGGCUGCUAGCUCCGGCUCAGUUGCAUCAAGUCCGUCGACAAUGUCGCAUUCCCAAAUGUCUGGCGGACACCAUCAUGGCAAUUCGCACGUUGCUCCGUUACUAGAGCUCAAUGAGACAGACGUACUGCUCUGGCACGGCCCAGAUCCAAUCAGCUACUGGUCUUACGACGGGCAAGAAGGCGACCGGCACGCCAGUCGAAUGACAGCUCACGUCGUCCUCAUGCUCUUCGCCUUCUUCAUCUUGUUGCCAAUAGCUCUCAUGAUGAAGACGGCACAUCAUCCGCUCUAUCUGCCCGUGCAGAUCAUCUUCAUGCUUGUCAUGAGCGUCGGCGUUCUGCUGUCCAUCUCUUACAGGGCAGCAACGCCGGACUUAUUCGAAGGCAAUGCACAUCGGAAGAUGGGCUGGUUUGUCAUUGGCCUCGUCUACGUACUUUUCGGUGCAGACUUGAUUAGAUCAGCGCACCUCGCUCUACAGACGCGUCGAUCCGGCCAGUCAUGGCGCUCGGUCCUGCUCGUCCUCCUCGGUGCUAAAGCCGUCACAGCGGACGUGACUGCAGGCGAAGGAUACGAGAAAGUCCAACUCAGCGAAGAGGCCAGUCCGGCCGAUCGUGGUCAUCUGCAUCGCGCACUAGAACAUGAACCCACUACCCGUCUCAGAUGCGAGACGAAUGUGCUCGGAUCACCGCUCAGACGUUCCCACAGCCCGGACAGUCCAAGCUCGGCCGGUAGACGAUCGGACGUCACUUUGCACGAUUCGCACGGCAAUAAAGACUUUGCGCCUACUCAUUCGCCUUCCAGCGAGCGAGACGAUGCAGAUCUUGACGAUACGGAGUCGAUACCUGCCAGACGGCGGUUGCAAUCUACACUCAAAUAUUUGCAUAUCUUCUUGUCGCGCUCAUUGCUCGUCCUCGCUUAUGUACAGAUGCUGACGGGUAUCAUCACCUACACCGGCACGUGCAGAAAUAAUUACGGCAAUGGAUGUUUGGCACAUCUUAUCAAAGGCUCCAUCUUCUUCUGGUACGGCUUACUGACUUUCGGUCGAUACCUCGGCGCUUUUGCGGAUCUCGGAUGGGCUUGGAAUCGCAAACCCGUCUCGAAGCAGCAUACAUGGCGGGAGAACUUUCCAUCGGCAGAGAUGGUCGAGUCCUUUGUCAUUUUCUUCUAUGGCGCGACCAAUACUUGGAUGGAACGGUUUGGUGCUGCGCCCGGCGAGCCUUACAACAUCAAGACGAUUCAGCACAUCAGUAUUGCCGUCAUGUUCUGGUUCGCUGGUCUUGCGGGCAUGCUACUCGAAUCAAAGUCUGUUCGCGCCCUGCUUGCCACCCCAGUGCAGGAGCGAUACAACCUCAAUCCUUCUCAAGUCAGACCACCGCCAUCGUAUGCCUUCAGCUUCAAUGUCUUCCCUGCGCUGGUCAUUGGCGUAACAGGUCUAGCAAUGGCAGCACAUCAUCAGACAUACCAAUUCCAAGUAGUCAUACACCAGCUCUGGGGCAACCUGCUCGCUGGCUUUUCCGCCUUCCGAUUCCUGACUUACUUCUUCCUCUGGCUCCGGCCGCCAACGUCAGUCCUACCUUCACGUCCGCCCACAGAAGCAUUGGCAGCGCUCUUCCUCACAUGCGGCGGCGUUGUGUUCAUGCUCUCAACUGAGCAAGUCGCUUUUGCAGCCAUGCGGAGUGGCUACGAUGAUGUGAUGGCCUUUCUCAACAUCACCGUUGCACUUGUCUGCUUCAUCUUCACCUGGAUCGCCGUCUUGAUGACGCUCAAGGGCUGGUGUACACGCCGCAUGGCCGCGAUCGUCCGUCCACCCCACCCUAGACCAUCCACACACCAACACGCUGACAAGUUCUACCGCUCACGCGUCAGCAGCACUGUCUAGACCAUCCCCAUCACUCUACCAUGCUCAUCGAUGAUGUAAAACACUAAUGUUACUCUUAAUGCACAAUUAAUACGAGGUUGUAUGCCUCUUGCCGCCUAGAUCGGCAGAGGUACAUUGGCCAGGUCAAAGGCCUCGUGCUCAGCCAGACUCUCGGCAUAUUGGGUGAGAUCCGGUGUAUGAUC